CUGUAUCAAUGUCCUCGUACUUGGACGGCCCUCGUCUCCGCUGUAUGUACGACGUAUGUAGUAGUUUCGCGGCGUCGUAGCCGUCUCGUAGCCCGCUUCGUUUAAUUGGCCCUAACACCUCCCCCAGACUCCAGUAGGACACGUGCUCCCCCCCUUUGUCACAAGUCGCCUUGCUGGUUUCCCGAGGACUGCGUUAUUAGCUUCUGGGGUCUACUACAUAUAUCCAGGUCCGCGGCCUGGCCUUGGUUGUUUUUGUCAGUAUUCGUUCACUUCUUUGCAAACCGCUAGCACCUCUCUUUUAUGAUCCUCAGUUGCAUGGUCUCAUAGAAGGCCUUUCCGAUUGUUUGUUCACCAUUCUGCAGGCAUGGAUACCGUGCGUAACAUCCCCACGUUUUUGCCGGAAAUCCUGCAAGCCAGGAUCGAGAGUUAUGGCAGCUCUGGCAAAAUCCCGGUAGUACCAAUCGCUGCGGCUCUCUUGGCAAUUUCCUAUCUGUUCAUCCUCUACUUUCAACGCCCCAGGGCCUUGCAGGCCCCGCUUCUGCGCGCUGAGUUGUCCGAGAAAGAGCGGCAGAAGACAUAUCUGACGGAUUCGGUGAGCCUUCUUGCAGAGGGCUACCGCAAGUUCAAGAAUGGAAUUUACCGCCUGACCACCACCGAUGGCGUCGAGAGCGUCAUCCUCUCUGCCAAGUACCUGGACGAAUUGAAGAACGCCUCGGACGACGUUGUCAACUUUCCUGCCGCCAUCAACGUUCUCCUCGCCGGAAAGUAUUCCGGGAUCAGUGGGGACGUAAAUGCCCUGGCUCAGCAUGUCAUUAGAUCGGACCUGACGCCCAGCUUGGGCCGUCUGCAGGCAAACAUUGCAGAGGAGGUCGACCUGGCGCUGGAACGCUUCCUCCCGGCCUGUGAGGAUUGGACGACGAUCAAGGUGCACCAGGCGCUGCUCAACAUUAUUGCCGAAGUGUCGGCGCGCAUGUUCGUCGGUGCGCCUCUCUGCCGCAACCAACGCUGGAUCGAGCUGUCGCGCGACUACACGCUGACCGCGUUCAGUGUUGCGCGUGCCAUGAGGCAAUGGAAGCCUUGGAUGCGUCCGUUUGUGCAGUACUUCACUCCUGAGCUGCGCCAGCUCAAAAAGGUCAGGCAGGAGGCGGUCAAGUUCAUGAUGCCCGUCACCAAGGAGCGCUCGGAGACGGAGAUUAAGAACGACGACAUGACGCAGUGGAUGAAGGCCAAGAGCAGCCCUUCAUGGGCCAAGGACUACGAGGGCCAGGCGGCGCUGCAAGUGCAGCUGGCUAUGGCGGCGAUCCACACUACAACAAUGGGAGCGACGCAUAUGCUCUACGACCUGUUUGCACGUCCCGAAUACGUGGAGCCGCUCCGUGAGGAAAUCCAGACUGUCCUUGCCGAGACGGGCGGCUUCACUAAGGACACGAUGGCGAAGCUGAAGAAGCUCGAUUCGUUCCUCAAGGAGUCACAGCGCAUGAGCCCCCCUGGCGUGACAACAUUCAAGCGGCGCAUCAUGCGCGACCUGACGCUUUCGGACGGGACUUUCCUGCCGGAAGGCACUCUGGUCGAGGUGGACACGGUGUCGCGCACAAAGGACCCGGCGCUGGUUGAUGAGGCGGACAAGUUUGACGGCAUGCGUUAUUACAACCUGCGCGAAAAUGCCACGACGACGCGUGACGCGCACAUGCACCAGUUCGUCACCAGCAACUCGAGCUCAAUGCACUGGGGCGCGGGUCGCCACGCGUGCCCGGGCCGCUUCUUCGCCAGCACCGAGAUCAAGACCAUCGUUGCCAAGAUGCUGCUCGCCUUCGACAUGAAGCUUGCGGAUGAGGCGGCGGGCCGUCCGAAAAACUUCCACUUUGGCGUCCAGGUUACUCCGGACUCGACGGCCGAGGCUCUGUUCAAGAAGAGGAGGGCAGCGGCGUAGGGGGUGGCGAUGGCGCGGCAAGGCGGGUCGGGUACGAGUAGUCCGUAGGUCCAAACAAGACAUUUCGUUUCCUACC